GCCCCUGGGUUUGUGGUUGGUUACCCCAGGUGAGUGGUUACGGUAGUCUGUUAGUGCUGAGAUGACUGGAGAAUAAGUUUUUUGGAUGGCACCUAGUCCAUAAUUUUUUCUACAUGCUCUCCAAAUUACAGGGUGAUGCAAUAAGGAACCAAGUAUUUAAAUUAACCAGUUUUAACUUAGUCUUGCAAGAUAAAAUGAAUAUUGCUGUUGAAGGCUGUAGCCAUGGUGAACUGGAUGUCAUAUUUGCUGCUGUUGAGCAUGCAAAGCAGUCAUCUGGUCUGAGCAUUGAUCUUCUUAUUUGUUGUGGGGAUUUCCAAUCUGUCCGCAAUCUUGGGGACCUGCGAUGUAUGGCCGCUCCCAUCAAAUACCUCAACAUCCAAACCUUCUAUAAGUACUACAGUGGUGAGAAGGUAGCCCCUGUGCUGACCAUUUUCAUUGGAGGCAAUCAUGAGGCCAGCAAUUAUUUGCAAGAAUUACCAUAUGGGGGCUGGGUGGCUCCAAACAUCUACUUCCUUGGUUAUGGCGGAGUGAUAAAUGUUGGUGGCUUGAGAAUUGGGGGAAUAUCUGGCAUAUACAAAGGCAUUGACUACCUCAAAGGGAGGUAUGAGCGACCUCCUUAUACAGAGUCCAGCAUUCGAAGUGUCUAUCACGUUAGAAAUUUGGAAGUGUUCAGAAUGAAGCAACUGGAUAAGACAGCUGCUCCUCUUGAUAUUUUUUUGUCACAUGACUGGCCAAGAGGAGUCACCCAAUUUGGGGAUGCUAACAAGCUGGUCAGACAGAAGCCAUUCUUCAAGGAUGAGGUGGAGAGCAACACCUUGGGUUCCAAACCUGCACAAGAGCUCUUGCAUUAUCUACAACCUCGAUAUUGGUUUGCUGGACACUUGCACAUCAAGUUUGUAGCCUUAGUAGAUCAUGGUCAAGCCCCAAAAAGCAGUGAAUUCAACGAAGGAAAAAAUUGCCUUGAAUCUCAGAGGUUCACAAGGUUUAUUGCUCUUGAUAAAUGCCUGCCAAGGCGAGAGUUUCUACAAGUCUUAAAUGUCAAGUGUGGACUGCAACACAGGCACCAGAAUUUACAGAUGGAAACCUCAUCCCCAUGUCAUGAAUCAGAAAUGGAGUCAUCAGAGAAAAUGCAGAAAAAACAAGAAACACUGUAUUCAUAUCCUCUGCAUGAUGAUAAUGGUUGCAUCCAGCUCUAUCAUGAUCUAGAAUGGCUCACAAUUCUGAGAUUAACUGACCAUUUACUUCAGGUUACCCCUAAUGCUGUGUACAUGCCAGGCCCUGGAAACUCCUCUGAACGCUUCAAUUUCACACCUACACAAGAAGACCUUGAAGAAACUUUAAAGUUGAUGAAGAAUGAUUUGAGAAUCUGUCCUGAUCAAUUUUGUAGAACUGCUGAUGCAUUCAAUCCUGAGAGUGAUGCACUGCUGAUGGAACACAUAGCAACUGUAGAGCAGCCUGAACCAGUCAUGAAUCCUUUCACUGCCGAGCUGUGUGAGAAGUUACGUAUCAGGGACCCAAUGGCUGUUUUGCUCAAGUGUGCUCAUGGCAAGAGCCCUUUUGUUCUUAGGACCCCAAAGAAAGGUUGCAGUUCAGACGUAAAUGAAUCUUUGGACAGCUCCAGACUCACCUAUGAUGAUCCUGGUAGUGACGUGGAUUCCAGUUCAGGAGAUAUAGUGUUUGAAGUCUCAAUUAGCAACAACAAUGAUGGAACUGCUGAAGGCACACUGAGUCCUGCUCUUAAUCCAGCCAGAGCUGUGCCACGCCGUGCUCUGGUCCUGGGAGCUCCUCAGAACACCGCAGACUCUGAUUCUGAAUUUCCCUGCUCUGCCAACUCAGCUGAGGCAAAGCCUUCUUCCUCUGCAUCGCCUGCCACCGAUUCUACUUCUGCCGCGGAGACGUCGUCGCAAUCGAGUGACGUCGAAGAGCCCGUGGCCGUUUGUUGUCCCAAGCGCCCUUCUCUUCGUCUUUCAUCGCCGACCAAAACAUCGUACGUCCUUCCCGACGUACCCUCAGCAUCUGACGUCUCAACGCCAAAGCUAGAAUGUGAUCAGGAACAAAACGUAGACGUCAGUCAAGCCAAGAAACCGUCCAAGAUCAGGAGACGUAACGCCGCCCUCUACGUCGGUGACGAUGAGUGAUCAAUUUGUAACAGCAAAUAUGAGCGAAUCGUACGUUUGCAAAAAGGAAUAUAAUUACGAGGAAUUGCAAGUUAACGAGAGAAGAAAUUUCACGUGCGCAACAAGAGACGAAAUUGUACGACAUCAACGAAGGGAGAAAAUCAGCCAAGUGAAUCGAAGCUACUGCGAGGAGGUUGGAACUGGCCGCAAUGCCGGCGCUUGUGUGAAGUAAAAUGUGU